AUGCAUUUGUCAAUGGAUACCCUGGGAAUAAUGGACGAUAGUUGCAUGGACAACUAUGACAUGGCAAAAGGUGCUGGGUUGAGCAGUGGAGGCAGGGUCCACAGUAUCAAUGUCAUACUGGGGUUCACUAAAGACCAGGACUCUUUACUCCCUUCAGUAGGAAAUGAUGACAGCCAGAAAGACAAUGGAGAGAACCAACAGCACCGUGACAAGCAGGUCCCUUCAGACCCCUAUGGACACAUUCCAGAACUGGGUUACCGCUCCCAGCAGUCUUCCUAUCACAAAUCUGACCUUUACUCCGUUGACAGCUUUGAUGGAGAAACAAGUGAAAUGCAGAAGGAAGUGGAUACUGCUGAGACGUCUCUAGACACCAUAAAAGAAGAAGAGCACACUAAAAAGAAACACAGAAGAAACCGUACCACUUUUACCACAUAUCAACUUCAUGAGCUGGAACGGGCCUUUGAAAAGUCCCACUACCCAGAUGUGUACAGCCGCGAAGAGUUGGCAAUGAAGCUCAACUUGCCUGAGGUUCGAGUUCAGGUGUGGUUCCAGAACCGAAGGGCCAAAUGGAGACGUCAAGAAAAGAUGGACACUAGCACCAUGAAGCUCCAUGAUUCCACCAUGCUAUCCUUCAGUCGCCCUCCUUUACCUCCCAGCGUGGGUCCAGUGGCCAACCCAAUGCCUCUGGAUCCCUGGCUCACCUCGCCCAUCUCCAGUGCCACGUCCAUCCAUGCAAUCCCAGGGUUCAUAGGCUCACCACAGGGCCUGCAGCCUUCCUAUCCAAGCCACAGCUUCCUCAACACCCCACCUGGUAUGGUCCAAGGUAUGCUGCCCAUGGGCCCGCCUCCCUACCAGUGCCCUCCCAGUUUUAGUGAUAAAUACCCGAUGGAGGAUGACAGGAGUUCCAGCAUUGCAGCCCUCAGGAUGAAGGCCAAAGAGCAUAUUCAGUCAGUGGAUAAAACCUGGCAGCACAUGUGA